AAGACACGAUCUCCGCUGUGUUGAUGGCUAGAACCCAAACAGGCAUUUGCGUGGACGCUGUAGUUCUUCACGGCGCGAUUAGGUAAGCGGAUAUAUUGGUUAGCUGCCUGAGGCAGAAGCUCCUCCACCUCCGAACAGAAUCAAUAUCCGCGAACGCAGAAAGCUCGGGUGCGCGCGACACCUCAACAGCAUUGAACUGCGCCACGCAAUUCCCUUAGACUCACAACAAUAUAACCCCCUCAAAAUGUCCGACCCAGCAUCCGACACCAACCCCGCUCACCCCGUAACAGCCCCAGACGCCAAAAUCAACCAUGCGGCCUCCCUCGAAUACUGGAACAGCGUUCCGGCCAACGCGCACGUCAUGCUAGGCAUGCUGGGCCAAUACCCGUGGUACACGCGGAUCGACCUGCGCGGCUCGAAAACCUUCCUAAACAAAAUCCGACGGCUGAUCCCCGGCUGCCCCCUGGAGGGUAAGCUCCCGCUGGGCGCCGACUGCGGCGCGGGCGUCGGCCGCGUCACCGAGGGCCUCCUCCGACACGUCUGCACGACCGUUGACGCCGUCGAACCCGUCGCCAAAUUCACCCAAGUCCUCCGGGACUCGGCUUUUGCUGCCGACGCCGUCGGCGACAUCUACACGCUCGGCCUUGAGGACUGGUACCCGCACAAGCGCUACGAUCUCAUCUGGACCCAGUUCUGCGUCGGCCAUUUGACUGAUAGGCAGCUGGUGGAUUACUUCGUGCGGUGUCGUCGGGCUCUCACUGAUACCGGGGUCAUUGUUGUCAAGGAGAAUCAGUCAACGGACCCCCGUGGUGAGGAUAUGUACGACGAAGAGGAUAGUAGUGUUACGCGCACGGAUGAGAAGUUUCGGGUCUUGUUUAAAGAGGCUGGCUUGACUGUGUUGGCGUCCGAGCUGCAGUUGGGGUUCCCGAAGAAUUUCCGCCUGUUGCCCGUUCGGUUUUAUGCUCUGAGGCCGGUUUGAUUCAUGGCUGGCUGUCGCUGGAUGCAAGAGAUGUGAGGUGGGUUUGAUAACUUGAUAACUGAGUAUGAGAGGGCCUCUCGGCUUGGGGAGGCGGGCCAAUGCUGUGAUGCUGGAAAGGCCCAUGGCGGAUGAGCUACACACAGGGCCCUUCAAGUACAGCCGGUCCGGUUCUAGUGGCUAGUAUCUCUCGCGGGAGCAUGCUAUAGCCUCGCGUGUGUCUCCCGCCGUGGCGCUUGCGUCGACCGCAGCUGCAAAUCGAGCGGUGCAUGGAUGUAUACUCGGGCACAUCUCAGCAGUAACGCGAGUUACGUCUUCGCCGGCCGCGUACAUGUCCCUUGGGGGA